AUACAACAUUCAUCUGUCAUUGGCAUCUGUGCAUUCAUCGCCAUUUUUCUUUUGUCACUGUCAUUUUUACUAGCGAUCAUUACGCAGUUAAAUUUUCUAGUGUUUUUCUAAUAAAUUUUAAGUGUUCGAAGACCUAAUUCUGUGUUAUAAAAAAUGGCAUCACGCAAAAAGAUUUUGCUCAAAGUGGUUAUCCUUGGAGAAUCCAGUGUUGGCAAAACAUCCCUCAUGAACCAAUAUGUAAACCGUAAAUUCUCAAACCAAUACAAAGCUACUAUUGGUGCUGAUUUCUUAACUAAAGAAGUCACAAUAGAUGAUAGGACUGUAACAAUGCAAAUAUGGGACACUGCAGGUCAGGAAAGGUUUCAAUCUUUGGGUGUAGCUUUUUAUCGAGGAGCAGACUGUUGUGUCUUAGUAUUUGAUGUGACUGCACCAAGCACCUUCAAGUCUCUGGACAGUUGGAGGGACGAGUUUCUUAUCCAAGCUUCGCCUAGGGAUCCAGAAAACUUCCCCUUUGUCCUGCUUGGCAAUAAGGAUGACUUGGAACCAAGGGCUAUCAGUGCAAAAAGGGCACAGCAAUGGUGCCAAAACAAGAACAACAUGCCAUACUUUGAGACAUCGGCCAAGAGCGGUUCUAAUGUGGAACAGGCUUUUCUGGCGAUCGCCAAAAAUGCCCUGGCUCAGCAAAAUUCCACUGUGGAUCUUUAUAACGAAUUUCCAGACCAGAUAAAAUUGACAAACACACAAAAACCGAGUGGCAGCGGGGAUUCCUGUUCUUGCUAGAGAACAUAACCUAGUAAAAUGUUUUAGGUGAGCUUAGAUCGUAUAUACUUGCGUGGAUAUAGGUAAAUAACUAGGAAAAAAUGAUUCUAAAAUAAUCAAGGAGGUGCUGUUAUCUUUUUUCUUUGUUGCAUGCUUAGUACUGCUACUCUAUCUAUCCUUCAGGCCAAGAACUAUUGUCCAAGGCGCCAAAUUUGAAUACAAAAUUUAAAAAUUGAUAAAUACUUAAAGUUAACUUCUAAUUGAACACACUUGCAGCCUUUGUAGUAUGAAAGUGUGAUGAAAGCUUGAAAAUCAAAAUAAAAACAAUGAAAAUAAGGUUAUAAGUUUUAUGAUUAUUCAACAUUCAUAAAAAUUGAACUUGUUUGAGACAUUAAAAACGAUGAUAACUAUUAUUUAAUUAUUGACUGAGACUAAUACAAUAAUAUGCCUUGCUACACAGGGAUUAAAUGUUCUAAUUCAAAUGGAAAAAAAUAUAUAAAAUUAGUAAAUGUUUCCAAAUAAAUUUUACAGUAUUUUGUACAAAAUUUUAAUGCUCUUAUGCAUAGAAAGGUGCGGGGAAAGGAUAAAUCUAUUGAACUCUUCAUAGUGCAAUAAAGAAGGUAUGAAAAUUGCAUGUCUUGAUGAUGGAGACACCCUUUUUAAAGCUAAAUAUAUCCAAGCAAGAAUAUAGGAUCGAAGAAUCUAAGUUAUCGAUUUGUGUUUUUUUUUAUUUGCCGUAUAUGUAGGAAUUUAGACACAAAGGAGCAUUAUGUUUAUUUAUAUGUAUGUCUCAAUAUAUUUUUACUAUUCUUACUAAGCAGAUUUAUUAUUUAUAUAUAGUCCAAGAGAAAGAAUAGUUUACAGUUAAAAAUCUCCUAAAUAGUAUUUUAUCUAACUCAAAAAAUACUAUUAAUAUAUAGAAAAAUUGUGAUAAAUUAUAAGAAUUUUCGCAUAUUAGAUUAGCAAGCUUGUAAAAUGUUAAAAAAUAUUAUAACACUCUGAAAAAAUAUGGUACAAGGUGCAACAUGAUGUUAUUUUACUAGUAUACAAAAGUUUCUUUUGCAAUAGCUUUACUUUUGUAUAUAACAUAACCUUACAUUUAUGAUAAGUAGGCUUAGAGAAAUAUUUAAGUAUUUUAUUGAUUUUUUAUAGGCAUGUAGAUAUAUAUAUAACCCAAUUUCUUUCACAAUUAUUGUAAACAUUGAUUAUUAUUAUGAUAAAACAUAGAGAAUAAUUUUUAUUUCAUUUUUAUUAUCAAAGAGAUUCAGAUUUAUAAAAAAAGGACGUAUUAUUUGUGUCAACUUUAAAAUUGUAAUCGCGUAUGUUUAUUGACUUUCGGUCUCCCUGUACACAAACCUGUUGUCUAAUAAAUUAUACCGUAUGAUCGAAAAAAAAAACGAUGUCGGCGAUGGCUAUGAAACGAUGAUUGCUGUCAUUUUAUAUGUAAACUUUUAUGGGGAAUGUCAUCGAUGUUCAUUUCCAAGCCAAUCGGACGCUGUUUUUUUUCGAUCAUACGGUAUUACAAUGUGUUUAAAUAUUUUUGAGACUGAAACCAUCAGUAUAUACGCGUGUGUCAUGUAUAUAUACUAAUAUGAUUUUGUUUUAGAAUUAUUAUUUUGCCUAUAAAUUUUAGUGUUUAAGAAUUUGUAUAUUAUAAAUAAAUAAAAAUAUAUGUAACAGUAAAAAAUA